AUGAAGCUCAUCGCCUUGAUUGUCGCUCGCUGCGCCUCCACCGCCGACAUUCCAGUCUUCCUCUGCUCCGCUUUCGAGCUCGGCGGGUACUCCUUCUACCAAAAACACUCAGUGAAGGAAGCGUGCAAGUUCCUCGCACGCACAGCGAUUCCUCGGGUGAGCAAGGAGGCGAGGGAGAUGAUUGAGCACGAGGGCAGCGUGGCUUUCCUGUACCGCUUCAUCGACUCCCUCGCGGUGGUCGCCAUCGGAGACGCGGAGUAUCCGUCCCGACUCGCGUUUCGCCUCCUCCACGAGGUUCACGAAAAAUUCGUCCGCGCAGUGCCCGUGGCAGUCUGGGCGUCCGCGGAGCCUCCCGGCGCCAGCAGCUGCGCGCCGCAGAUUCGCUUCAAAGACGAGCUCGCCGCCCUGCUGCAAACGUAUCAGAAUCCCCGUCAGGCGGACGCGGUCACGAGGGCCCUAGAGAAGUCCGAGCAGGCUCAGAUGGAGGUGCGACGUACCAUGGAGGCGGUGCUGCAGAACGGAGAGGACUUGACUGAGCUCGUGCAGAAGUCUCAGGACUUGUCGAUCGCCUCCAAGCAGCUCUUCAAAACCGCGACGAAAGCCAAAAAGCACUAUGCGUGCUGCAGAGUCCAGUAG